UUUAGAGGCUCUUCUAAAGAUUUGGGUUGGAAGUUUCGAGCUGCAUAUAUGGCCUCAACUGUGAAGGAGUAUGAACAGUAUUUAUCAUUGUUAGAUGCUGAAGAUGUUAGGAUGCGUGCAUGGCUUGAAAAAAUUGGAGGCCAGAAAUGGGCAAAAUGUUUGGCUGGACCAAGUCGAUUUAAUGUCAUGACCUCAAAUUGCGCUGAGUCAUUGAACAGCGUUAAUGUUUGUGCACGAGAAUACUGUGUGUCCAAACUUAUUGAUUUCUUGCGUGAAAGAAUGCAAGAAUGGUUUACCGAACGAAGGGAAAAAGCCGAAUCUACACAUACCAUAUUGUCUGAAAAAAAUGAAAAGGUUCUUGUUGCUUUACAAUUGGAAUCAAGGUGCAUGAAGGUGAAGCCAUCUUGUGCGUACGAGUUUGAGGUUAUUGAUAGAAAGUGUAGAUGCUUUGUUGUGAAUCUUAAUUCCAAAAGUUGUAGCUGUGGGCAAUUUCAAUUGGACCAUUUUGUUUGUGUGCAUGCUGUUGCUGCAAUUGGUUCUCGUCCGGGCUUAUCAUGUUACAAUUAUAUAUCUCCUUAUUACACACGUGAUAUGUUGUUGGCAACUUGGAGUGGUAUAAUGCACCCUAUUGGUGAUUCUGAAGAUUGGGUCAUUCCUUCUCAUAUUUCAAGUGUUCGUUGCAAGCCUCCUAGCUGUUUGAAGCGUCCACCUGGGCGUCCUAAAAAGUCAAGAAUUCCAUCAAUAGGAGAAUAUCGUGGUUCAAAGCACCGAAAGUGUUCUCGUUGCAAUGUUGUUGGCCAUAAUAAGAAGACUUGCUCUAAUGCUAUUCCGAUGGCCAAGAAUUGAUAGUUUUACACUUGUUUUCCCAGCUUUGGACAAGAUACAUCCUGUAAUUUUUUUACACUUAAUAAGUUGUACUCUACACUGUUUAGUAUUGAACACUAUUCUGCUUUUUAAAGCGAAGUGAUAUGUCAUUUGUUUUCUAUACAUCUUUGUUCUUG